AUGCCUCUACCUACAAAUCGCCCUAUGCAGCAUGACGAGCUUCUACAGUCAUUCGCCUCAAUAGCGCAUUCAAUCAAUAGUCUGCUGGGCCAUAUCCCGCUGCACUCUGAUGGCAUACCGUCGACGGCUACUUUACGCGCUCUCCCUUCUGCUAUCGUACAGCUUCCAGAGCCCCUCGCACCCGAUCUCAUUGCUCUCGGAAUCAAAUCGUCGGUCGCGGAAAGCCUUUCACGGUCUUAUCUAUGGGCCGCAGGUCGCUUGAAGGUUGAGGUUGAAGCCCGAUGUACUCGCGUCAUUCGGGCGUGCAUCGACGCGACGAUACAAAAUGGCUGCACUGUACCAGAACAUCUAUCACAUAUACGCGUCUUUUACGAGACCCAUUUCUCAGAUACUGUGACGCAGUGGGCGCAGAAAGGGCUGUCGAUGACGCGCGAGCGUCUGAUGGUCGCGACACUGAAGCGACCACUUGCUGGUGCAGUGAGCCCGAAGACGAACCCAACCCCCCUCCCUCCGCGCCAAAACCUUCAUCAGCAAGGGUUUCUAUCCUGGACAACCUCACGACCGCAUUCUUUUACGAGCAUUCUGGCUGCAACUGAUGCUCAGGGGAAACUAUGUUUUAACUCUCUAUUCAAAAACCUUACUCCUGUCCGAGACGCCACACCAUCUCAAUCUUCCCCCUCGCCUGCCUCCCAUCGUGCCCGAACUCUUUCGCCGAAGUUGCGCAAACCUAGCCCCGGCACACGAUAUCGUUCGCCGCUCUCCAUUAUCCGGGAUCCCUUUUCAUCUCGUCUCCCUCCAUACGCUUUCCCUGCGGCUUACAUUACAGAAGAAGCAGAAGUACGCCGGCAAGUUCUGACUUCCCAGAAACGUGACUUCGCCAUACCAGUGCUCUGUCGUGGUCUGCGCAAAGUGUCGACGUCGCCGACGCCUUCAGAUAUUGAUAUGCUAUCGCAAAGCAUCGCGAACACACAUAUUCAGAGCGACGGAGUCUCUGGAGAUAAAUCACCCCCACACGUGGUUACUGUAAAGAAGGAAGAGCUUUUACCGCCCAUUAGCUUUCCGUUGUCCCUGUUUCCGCUCAAAACGCCUGAGCCUCUAUCCUUUCCGGUUGACACGAAACCUUUCGAACCCUCUCCGGCCAAACACGAAGACGUAUCAUCUCCAUCCUUGCUGUCGGCAGUGCCUCGACACUACUCUCCACCUUCUCCUGCAAAGCCUCUGGAAAGGACCCCGUCAUCCUGCACUGGCUCCGUGGCUGAGUCUUCGAGUCAAUCCCAGCCUCCAGUUACGUCUUCGCCGAGGAAGCCUCGCAAAAUUGCACCCAUUCCUAAACGACUUUCUCGAGGGCCGUCAAAGGUUGUGUCGCCUCCUACCACGGACACCCAACAACCGAGUUCUAAGGCGGCUGUAUCCCUGGAAAGCAUACACUCACCGAUGCCCACGAAGUUCUCAACACAUCCAUCAUCGAGUCCUUCGUCUGCAUCAGAGCCUAAGACGCCACCCCGCACACGAAAGGUUGCACCUUUGCCGAAACGGCGAUCUGCCCCAUCCGCGCAGAUACCUCCGAUUUCCAAUUUGCAUCCGUCUCCAAUUUUACCUCCGUUCUCCAGUUCACCUUCGCCUCCAGGCGCGCAGCCGUAUACCGGUUUGCUUCCGUCUUCCGGUCCACCCGAUCGCGCAUCGAACACGCUCUUUAAACGCACCCCUUCGCUCACGGCCACUGAAUUCUCCGACGAUUCUCGCUCGUCAUCGUCCUCCCGAUCGUCUUCAAUCUUCUCGUCGUCCUCAUCGUCAUCCAGGCUCUUGACCCCGCCUUCCAGCCCCUCUCAAUCAUUGCUCACGUCGGUGCGCCAUCCUGAUUCAAAUCUUGCAUGCUCUCCCUCGCAAGCAUGGAUGUACCAUCCAUCCAUAUAUGAAGCGCCGCCCUCCCCCGACAUGUUUGGCAGUAUGCGACAUGCCAAAGGCGGGCGAGCGACAGGAUUAGACUUGCAAGGGAUUGCAGGCGACCUUUUCCAUCCUGAUGAAGCAGUUGUCAGUUAUGGCAAGCAGAAGGGGAAGGGUGUAGAUCGCGUAGUCGGUUCCACAGACGAGUUUGGAUAG